AUGGGUCUCUGUUUCUCUUCACCUAAGACCACCGGACAUGGAACCAAUCACCCGAACCCUAAUCCGCCAAGAGAUAUACCUAAACCGCAACCUCAGGCGAAGGGGAGAGAGAAGGUUUGUAAUAAAAACAAGAAGAAGACGAAGAACAACAAAAUCCAAUGGAGGCACGUAGGAGGGAACCCGUUUGGUAAGCGCAUCGAUUUUGGAUACGCGAGGGAUUUCGAUAAUAGAUACACCAUCGGGAAAUUGCUAGGACACGGCCAGUUUGGUUUUACUUACGCUGCCACCGACAACAACAACGGUGAUCGUGUCGCGGUCAAGAGAAUAGACAAGGCCAAGAUGACUCAACCGAUUGAAAUCGAAGAUGUGAAGCGAGAGGUUAAGAUACUACAAGCUUUAGGUGGGCAUGAGAAUGUGGUUAGGUUUCACAAUGUGUUUGAAGACAAAAGCUAUGUGUAUAUAGUGAUGGAGAAAGAUAGCCGUUACACCGAGAAAGAUGCAGCGGUUGUGGUGAGACAAAUGUUGAAAGUUGCAGCUGAGUGUCAUUUACGCGGUCUGGUUCACCGUGAUAUGAAGCCAGAGAACUUUCUGUUCAAAUCGACAGGAGAAGAUUCUUCUCUUAAGGCUACAGAUUUCGGUUUGUCAGAUUUCAUAAAACCAGGAAUGAAGUUCAAGGACAUAGUAGGAAGUGCGUAUUACGUUGCACCUGAAGUGUUGAAACGUAGGUCAGGACCUGAAUCAGAUGUCUGGAGUAUAGGUGUCAUCACUUACAUUCUUCUCUGCGGAAGAAGACCCUUCUGGGAUAAGACACAAAACGGGAUAUUCAGUGAGGUCAUGAGAAAGAAACCUGACUUCGAAACAACCCCGUGGCCAACCAUAAGCGAUGGAGCCAAAGAUUUCGUGAAGAAGUUGUUAGUAAAGGAGCCGAGAGCACGGUUAACAGCAGCUCAAGCACUAUCACACUCAUGGGUGAGAGAAGGAGGCGAGGCUUCGGAGAUUCCAAUAGACAUAUCUGUUCUUGAAAACAUGCGUCAGUUUGUGAAGUUCAGCCGCCUUAAGCAGAUUGCUCUGAAGGUAAUCAAGAAGACACAACAGAGAUUGUGUUUCAUAUUCAUAUGA